AUGCUACCAAUUUCGAUGUCACCGCCCAGCCCCCAUCAUCAACAACGACGGAUUGUCCACCAAACUCAAUCAGCUUUGCUUUGUCAACUACUCGGAAUGAAUUGCGCCACUCCUACGGAUUUCAAUUUCUCCUUUAGUGGCUUUUGCAGACGUGGGGGUGAAACGGACAUCCAUCAAGACGGAUGGGGGAUUGUCAUUUACGAAAAUGGGAGUCUACGACAGUUUCACGAUGCCGAACCCGCUUCCACUUCUCUCUUGGCAGAUUUUGUGUGUCGAUUGCCCAUUCGCACCCUCAACAUGAUGAGUCACAUUCGAUUUGCCACUGUCGGUGAAGUUAAUUUGAGUAACGUCCAUCCCUUUCGACGGGAAAUGUGGGGGAUUGACUUUUGCUUUGCGCAUAACGGAGAAGUUCCUCUUUUUGAUCAAUGUCCCAAUCAUUGUUUGACAUCACUGCUUCAAGAUGAUGAUGAGGGUUUAGAAAAUGUCUAUUAUUACAACCCUGUGGGAACCACAGAUAGUGAAGCUACCUUUUGUGCCAUUCUCAAUGCCUUGCGACAAAAGUUUGAUAAAGUGCCCUCCGUACCAGUUCUGUAUGAUUCCAUGCAAAAGUUGUGCGACGAAAUUGUGGACUCGGAUCGGGAAGGCACCAUUUUGAAUUUCUUGUUGACCUGUGGAUCACACACACUGUGGGUUUACAGUUGGCCAGGGAGUCGACCUGGUAGCAAGGUCUGGAACGGGUUGCAUUAUACGACGAGGGAAUAUCCCUUUCAUUCCCAUCACCUUUGCGACGUGGAUAUUACCGUCGACUUUUCGACACGCACCUCCAAGGAAGAUUGCGUCUCGGUGAUUGCCACCAAGCCAUUGACGGAUGACGAGGAAUGGACGGAACUGGAAAGAGGGGAACUGGUCUUGUUUGAUCGAGGAAGACCGCAAAGAUCUGUGGUCGAUCUAUUUCAAGUGGACAUUGAUGGACAUGGAUUGCAAUCCAACGUCGUUGAAAAGAGUUCCAUCGAAGAUGAUAUGAAGACAUACAACAUUGAUCCUUCCACCUUUCAAGGUGCUUGUAUAUGA